AUGCUAGAGGGCAGGGAUGCUAUCCAGAGGGACCUGGACAGGCCUGAGAAGUGGGCCUCUGAGAAUCUCAUGAGGUUCAAUAAGGCCAAAUGCAAGGCCUGGAAUGAACCAGAGGUCUAUGAGACCAGUGACAUGCCCAAGGGUGACCAGGCUGAGUUGGAGGUGCUGCCUGCAGCAGCAGCUGAAGACUUGGCAAAAUGCAGGAAAGAAGCACCAGUGAAGAGCUCUGCCAACGCCCUGACAUCCAUUGGAGACACGGUCACGUUUGAGGUGUACUGGAGGCCAGGGAAAGACCAAUUUGCCCUGGAUGCCAAGAUAGUGGAGCUGGAGAAGCGGCUGGCACAGCUGGAAGCCACAGUGCAGUGCAAGCCCAUCAGCCAGAAUCUGCUCCUGGUUGAGCCGAUGGGUUCCAGCCUCCUGGAGACUGUGCAGAUCCUGCAGACCAAAGUGAACAUUUUCGAUGAGCUCAUGCUGGACCAAAUAGAGGCCCGGCUGAAGAGCAUCCUGGGGAAGGUGAAGGAGAUUGCCGAACAUGAAGUAACGGUGCAAUGCGCCAACAGCCAGAGCACGAUCCACCAGACAUAUGAGUUAAUGCAGCACUGGGAUCCCAUAGCCAGCAGCCUGCCCGAUGUGGUGCAGUAUCUGCUGACCCUCAGGGACCUGCACGAGGAAGCCACACAGGUUGGCCAGGUCCUUGAGGACAUGGAAGCCAUGCAGAAGGAGAUAGCUGAUGCUCUCCAGGUCAACACUUUUCUGCUGGAGGUGGUCCAGAAGACAAUGAAAGAAUUCUUGGCCUUUGUAGAGGAAAACAUUGCUGAGAUAGAAGCUAGCAUCCGGAAGCUGCAGAAGUGA